AAUUUUUAAAGCAAUCAAAAGUCUUAUUUGUAGUCGCGAAAAAAAUUGGAACUUUUCAAUUUCGAGCUAAUGUAGUAGGUCGCAGAGUUAAUUGAUGGUGGACGAUCGUGCAUCUAUUAGACGAGUCCGGAGCCCGGUUACAGCGAGAGCCGCAGCAGGCGGCAGCUGGCGGGCGGCAGGCAGCAGGCAAGCGGCGCGCGGGCGGUGAGCAGGGGUGAGGAGGCCGUCACGUGGAGCUCUAGGCGCCGGCGCGGCCGGGCCGCCCGGGCGCUCACCGCUCAGCCGGGGUCCAACAGCGCGGCAUUCCCCAGCCGGCCUUCGUCCGCCGCGUUAUGUGCGUCGACACGUUAGAAGUCGCGCGCGCCGCGCUUCGCCGCCCGGGGACACGAGCGGCCUGGCCUUGCUGCGACGGCUACGUCGCCGUCGUUGGCCCGCGUUAGAAGCUAACUUUUAUGGUGGAGCGAGCCGUGCGAGAGGCGGGGAGGCAGGUGGUGACGCGCAGGUGCGGCCCGCGCCCGAUCCGGGGCCGCAUUCGCAGCGCGCCUCGGCGCGGGCUCGCCACGGCGCCCGGCCGCCCGCCUCAUGGAGCCGCCGUGGGAGCUCGAGCUCGAACUGCGGCGGCACAUCGAGAACUGCGCCUGCACCUGCGACCACAUGGGUUACGGGAACUAUAUGGACUAUCAAGUUGCGCCUGCGGCGCAUGCCUGCUUGUGCCGCGCGAUCACCUCGCCGCACGCCCACGCGGCAGUACCUGAAGGCAUGACGUUUCCUGGUCCAUUGCCGGACGUCGCAGAGCGUUGCGGUCGUUGGGCACCUGAUUCUCUGUCAGCGUCAGCAUCAGGCAGCUCAGACGAAAAACCUACACCGAGACGUCCUCGGUGGCGAAUAGCGUUGGCAGCACUGGUAGUUCUAGCUGCGCUGGGCGCAGCGCUGGCACUGCCUUUAGCGCUUGGCGGCAGCGGUCGAGCCACUCCAGAGCAGCGCCUUACCACCAUACGUCGGAUGCUGCGCGACUCCCCUCUUGUUGACGGUCACAACGAUCUAGCAUGGAACGUCCGAAAAUUUUUACAUAAUAAAAUUGGUGACUUCAAUUUGAGUGCAGGCCUCGAUGGUCUUGAGCCAUGGGCGCGGUCGCGCUGGUCGCACACGGAUAUACCACGCCUGAGGCUCGGUCAAGUUGGUGCUCAGUUCUGGUCAGCGUACGUACCGUGCGGGGCACGGGACCGCGAUGCUGUCCAGUUAGCACUCGAACAAAUGGAUGUUAUUAAACGCAUCGUGGAGAUGAAUGCAGCGCAUCUCGCCCUCGUCACAGACGCUGCGGAGUUAUUGGAAGCACAUCGUGAUGGACGAAUUGCAUCCUUAAUUGGUGUGGAAGGCGGACAUGCUCUAGGUGAUUCACUUGCAGUGUUACGGGCUUUUUAUCAACUCGGCGCACGCUAUCUUACUGUUACACAUACCUGCGACACGCGAUGGGCCCGAGCCGCGGGCGCCUCUGGAGGACUAACAGAGUUCGGACGAGCAGUAGUGCGUGAGAUGAAUCGACUUGGUAUGAUCGUUGAUCUCUCUCACGCGGGUGAAGAAACAGCGCGGGACGCUUUAGAAAUGUCUCAGGCUCCAGUAGUAUUUUCGCACUCAGGUGCGGCCGCUCUCUGUAAUUCAUCAAGGAACGUCCCUGACGAGUUACUCCGUAUGAUUGCCGCUAACGGUGGUGUAGUUAUGAUCAACUUCUACGCAAAACUAGUAACGUGUGGAGAGCGUGCGACCGUAGAAGAUGUAGUGGCACAUAUUAAUCAUGUCAGACGAGUUGCGGGUGUGGAACAUGUUGGUCUUGGCGCAGGGUACGACGGCAUCGAUGCGCCACCUGAAGGCUUAGAAGACGUGUCCCGAUAUCCACAUUUACUAGCAGAGUUGUUGCGAGAUCCUGACUGGAGCGAGGAGGAUGUGCGUAAGCUAGCCGGUAUGAACGUAGUUCGCGUAUUACAACACGUGGAGAGAGUGCGCGAUCAGUGGCGUCGCGCUGCCGUACUGCCCGGCGAGGAAACCGCGGGAGUGCGUCGCGGCGAGUGCGUCUACGGGACCGCGUGACGCAGGCUGCUUGCCGCGCGCUCUCGCGGCAUAACCCGUACUGCUCAAUAUUGACAUUUGUUGAUCGUAGUUAUACAUGUAUAUUAGUGUCCAAAUGUGAUUUAGCAACU